UGUUUUAAAGACUAGCCUACAGUUGUUUGGUCGCUGUCUGGAUUUUUUAAAUCAAAACAGAAGAGUUCCUCUUUUCUAAUUUUGGCAAAUGCCACUAAUAAAAAAGUUAGCGAGCAUUACUACUAAGCUAAGUUAUUCAUGGAGUCCAUCACGUUAUUCGAUGGAUUUUUGAGUGGACAUAACACCCACUACCUCUAAGGCCCUUUUUACACUAAGGUUAUCCAGGAUAUAUCCCACUUAACCUUAUCCUUGUCCACACACACACAAUGCAACCGUUUAAAACCCCCUUCCCCCUACUUCCGCCGGCGCAACAUGGCCUAGUAUGCAUGCGCGGAAAUAAAAUGCACGCAUCAUAGUCACAUCUGACUUGGAAGUGUAUCCUUACCCUGUGUUUCAAUGUCGACUAUUACCACUUUUAUUUGAACAGUAAACCUUGCUUGCCUCACCAUCAGCAGCUGGUGAAUCACACCUGAGCCAUCAUACAUGAAUCAUGUCUUUCAUGGACGUGUGAAAGUAAACAACGUAAUAAAGAACAUUUUACAACAAUCAAUCUAGGAAUCUAGAUAUCUGGUCAGGACACUGUGCUUGUAGGCUCAACUUGGCAGUCGUACAUGACGGCCGCAACCACUUCAUGGCUUCACAAUGGUGGUGGAUUACAAAACUAGACAUUGAGUAGUCGCUCAACAUACAUCGCGGACAAUAACUGAUAGUCUGCUUUGCCGGUCCAAAUGCAUUCACUGUUUGUCGUAGUCCUGAGGAGUGUUAAUAGCAUGGUGGAUGUCCGCUUGUGCCCUGUGGAAAUAUUAAAUAAAGUGAGCAAGUUGUAACUAAUCGACGGCCAAAAGAGAGGAGCUUUAUGCACCCAGUGUCACCACCGACAAAAACAUGGGCCCUGCAGGGAAGGUCUCCCCUGCGCUCCUCGACCACGGUCUGGGAGCCCACAAACAGGAAAGGUGUAAAGCAACCCUUGCAGAGCGGCGGCUCCCUGUUUAAAGUGUCACCUUUAUUGUUAGUUUAGAAGCCCAAAUACCUCCAUAUUGCACUUCACACACCCUCUUUAUUAACCAGUAGAAUUGUCCUUUGUUGCCUUUCUUCCUCUCCACGAUGUUAUUGCUUGUAUGCACUUUGUGUGUGCGUUUUGACACACUCAACAUCAUGCGCCUCGGCUCUGUAGUCACCGCCACACAGCAGCAUUCAGAUGAAAGAACGGUACCGGUACUUUUCAAAGGUGGUGUAGUUCUGAUUUCAAUUAAUUAGUACCACAAUACUUUAUUAGUAGCAGUAUACUGUACAACCCUACUACACACACAUACAGUACAUAGAAGAACGUGUGUUUUUGUUGUUUGUGUCUUGCAGACGUCCAGCAGCUGAUGGGUAAUCCAGAAGAAGUUUCCCCUCAGUCAGGGGGGAGCUCCACUUUGAAGCAGGAGACUCCACAACCACCCUGCAUUAAAAAGGAAGAGGAGGAACUCUGCAUCACUCAGGAGGGAGAGUGUCUUCUAGGACGAGAGGAAGCUGAUUACACCAAGUUUCCACUGACUGUUGUCUCUGUGAAGACUGAAGAUGAUGAAGAGAAACCACAAGUAGACAACCUCUUAGCUCCACUAUCAGAUAGUGAGGCUGAAGACGAGGUUGAAGAACCUUUGAGCAGCGAUACAGACUGUGAAGGUGAUAUGAGGACUCACACUGACAACAAACACUCUGAAUGCUCUUCAAAGAAGAGAGGUAAAACAUGUUUGAGCUGCUCAGUUUGUGCUGAAAGUUUUAUGCGAAAGUGCCUUUUGACUCAACACAUGAGAACACACACAGGUGAAAAAACAUUUACUUGUUCCGUUUGUGGCAAAAGCUUUUCUCGAAAUAGCUUGUUGACUCAACACAUGAGAACACACACUGGUGAAAAACCAUUUAAUUGUUCAAUUUGUGACAAAAGCUUUUCUCGAAAUAGCUUUUUGACUCUACACAUGAGAACACACACAGGUGAAAAACCAUUUAACUGUUCAGUUUGUGGGGAAAGCUUUUCUCAAAAUAUUCAUUUGACCCGACACAUGAGAACACACACAGGGGAAAAACCAUUUAAAUGUUCAGUUUGUGGCGACAGCUUUUCUCAAAGGACCCAUUUGACUCAACACAUGAGAACACACACAGGUGAAAAACCAUUUGAUUGUUCAGUUUGUGGCAAAAGCUUUUCUGUUAAGUGCACUUUGACUGAACACAUGAGAACACACACAGGUGAAAAAACAUGUAAUUGUUCAGUUUGUGGCAAAAUAUUUUCCCGAAAUACCUCGUUGACUCAACACAUGAGAACACACACAGGUGAAAAACCAUUUAAUUGUUCAGUUUGUGGCAAAAGCUUUUCUUUUAAGAGCACUUUCAUUGAACACAGGAGAACACACACAGGUGAAAAACCAUAUAAGUGUUCAGUUUGUGGCAAAAGCUUUUCUGUUAAGAGCAAAUUAUCACAACAUAUGAGAUCACACACUGGACUAAGACCAUUUAAUUGUAAAGUUUGUGGUAAAACCUUUCCUUAUAACAGUUCUUUGUGUCGACACAUGAGAACACACGCUAGGGAAAAAACAUUUAGUUGUUCAGUGUGCUGUAAAAGGUUCCCACAUAAUACAGACGCAGUAAAACACAUGAGGACACAUAAAGGGAAAAAAUAAAAAAAUUAGCUGUUUAGUUUGUGGUAUGUUGCUCAUAUGUGGCGACAUCCACCCUACCCAGGACCUCCUCACUGCUUCUUUCACAAAUAUCUGAGGUAUUCAUACAAACUUGGAUUAAUUGGAGCAUAAUCUUAUCCACUCAUGACCCCAUGUCUUCUCUGUAUCUGAAACCUUCCUGAACAGUAAGAUAGAUGAUGCUUCAAGUGCUUGGUUACUCCUUCUUCAGUCCAGGGACCUGGGGCCUCAUGUGUCAAGUUUGUGCACGCUCAAAAACCUGCACUACACCCUUUUUCACUGCAAAGUUGAAAUGUAUCAAAACUCACGUUGUGAUGCUGGGUAACUGUUUGCAUAACAAACUGCCAACUUUUACUCCUCAGACUGAUUGAUGUGCAAAUCAGAGACAUAUGAACAAUUAACCCCCAACACCCACAACCCAACCCCCACCUCCCUUUACAUUCGGUCAUAACAGGUUCAAUCCGGCCCGAGGGAUCAUUUUGCCAAGUGUAAAAUUCAGCUGCAUUUUUUAAUGAAAGAAACUGCUGUUCUAAAUGUGUCCACUGGAUGUCACAAUAGCAAUUCUGUUAGGCAAGCAAAUAGCAUAGCAAGUAUACCAAGCAAGAGGUACACGGAAAAGCGGGGCUGUGACUCCUCCCCCUCCAGCCAACGUAAAAGAGGAGUAAAAUAAUCAAUCAGUAACCCCACUUCAAAUGCAGCAUGAGACACUGCACACUGAUAUAGUUCUGUGAAAAUGAUUGUCUUCUGUGCAAAUGUAAAGAAAGUGAACAGUGUGUGAUUUACUGCAAUACUGUCACUCUUUCAACUUUUUAUUUGUGCUUUGUUGAAAUUGUUCACACAUUGCACUGCUUUUAUUUUUCUGUCAAUACACAUUAUGUCUAGAAGACAGGAAGUAACUCAACACUCUUGAAUAGUUUCUACCUCAGUGUGUAUGGUUUGUUGAGUUAGCACAGGAUUAAUAUGUGGAAAUGACAAAUGAGGUAGUUGAUACAUAAAAUAUGUUUUAUUCAUGCUAUUUUUUGUUUGUCGUUCAAUCCUAGAUGGAUUUUGACUUAAAUUUUAAUUGCUUUUAGAUGAAGUCUAAAUUCAUUGUGUUCUUCAAGAUGUUUUUGAAAAUGUACCUUUGUUUUUCUUUUAAAUGUUCAACUAAUUUGAAUUGUUUUGUCCAGAGGAUUAUUUGUGAUAUGUACAUUUUCAGAAUGUGCUUGUUCUGUUUUUGA